AUGUCUGCAGAUACGUCGUCUUCGACCUCCGCGUUCGUCACGACGCUGAUCGUGAACAGUAUUGUCGCUGCCGUGUUUACCGGCGGGUUUGUGCUCCUUAGGGGGAGAGAAAAGAGGGUUUAUCAGCCAAGGACACUCGCUGAUGUACAGACAAUCACAGAGGAGGAACGCAUGGCGGAGCCACCGCAGGGGUGGUUCGCGUGGUUGCCCUACCUGCUGGAGAAAUCACACGCGUACUUAAUACAACACUGUGGGAUUGACGGGUAUUUUUUCCUGAGGUACAUGGGGAUAUUCGCCUCCUUCUCGGUGGUGUGUGCGUUGCUGCUGUUCCCCAUACUGCUCCCGGUGAACGCCACGAACGGUCACAACUUGUCUGGGUUCGAGAUUCUGUCGUACGCGAAUAUAAAGGAUAACAAGAGACAGUACGCGCACGUGUUCUUGUCGUGGGCAGUGUACGCGUUCUUCAUGUGGGUGUUGUACAAGGAACUGUACUACUACACAGUAAUGCGACACGCAGUACAGACUACUCCCUUGUGCGAUGGGUUGCUGUCCUCGAGAACAGUGGUGCUCACAGAACUGGAUGGGAAACUCAUGAAUGAGGGGGAACUGGAUAAGAUAUUCUCGCGGGCGUCCAGGAUAGUGUACGCACACGACACAAAGAAGUUGGAGAAGUUGGUGCAGGAACGUAAGAAACACGCGGUGCGGCUCGAGACUGCUCUAAACAAAGUUCUGGACUCGGCCGUCGGGAUGACCCUCGAGAAGAAACCUUCGUUGUGGAACACACUGGUCUCCAAGCUUUUACACACGGUACGCAGAGAAUCGUCCAAGAAGGGUGUGCUGCCGGGGAAAGGUGGCUCCUUGGGGAAACCAAGAGACGAUUUGGACACGUACGUGCCCUUGAACAAGAGACCCAAGCACCGUACAGGGCCGUGGUACUUGCCCCCAAUGGAGUGGCUGUUCGGGAGGAAAAAAGUUAACACGCUCACGUACUGUAAGGACGAGAUUUCAAGGCUUAACGGUGAGAUUCACACUUUGCAGGACGAGUGGCACGAGAACAAGAAAUUGCCUGCGGUGUUUCUCCAGUUCGGAAACCAGGUGGACGCACAGUGCUGCUUCCAAUCGGUAGACCAACUCUUGGGCACUUUCUCCUUCGGGAAGAAGAUCGUCGGCGUAGCGCCAGAGGACAUCAACUGGGGGAACUUGAACCUCACAAGGUGGGAAAGGUACGCAAGAUACAUUGGUGCCAACACUUUCCUAACGGCAAUGAUCAUCUUCUGGGCUAUCCCAACAGCUGUCGUCGGGUGUAUUUCAAACGUCAAUUUCUUGACCGAGAAAGUACCCUUUUUAAGGUUCAUCAACAAUAUGCCCACAUUCCUGCUGGGGAUUAUCACAGGGUUGUUGCCAACGAUCGCAUUGGCCGUGUUAAUGUCCCUCGUGCCACCUAUCAUCAAAUUGGCGGGGAACAUCUCAGGGAUCUUGACUAAACAGGAAUUGGGUGCGUACAUGCAGACAUGGUUCUACGCGUUCCAAGUAGUCCAGGUGUUCCUAGUCACUACACUGGCCUCAUCGGCGUCUGCCACGGUGGAACAGAUUAUUAACCACCCGGGGGACGCAAUGACCCUGUUGGCAAACAAUCUACCAAAGGCAUCGAACUUCUACAUUGUGUACUUCCUGCUCCAGGGACUCUCGACACCAUCCGGUAAUUUGUUCCAAGUCGUCGCUUUAAUCAAGUCCCGCAUCAUGGGCCGCUUCGACCGGACUCCAAGGCAGAAGUGGACACGUUACAACACUUUGGACAAACCAGACUACGCGCUCACGUACCCAACAAUCCAGAUUUUCGUGUGCAUCUUCAUCACAUACAUCAUGAUCGCCCCAAUUAUCCUCGUCUUCUCCACUUUCGCACUCCUGUUCAUGUACGUCUCCUUCCUGUACAACGCAAACUUCGUCCAGGGACUACCGGAAACAGACUCACAGGGCAGAAACUACCUACUCGCGAUGUUUCAGGCAAUGUUACCCAUCUACCUGUGCCAAGUCUGCCUGAUCGGCCUAUUCAUCAUGUCCAAGUCCUGGGGGCCCCUCGUGCUCGAAGUCGUCGCGCUCGCCGCAACAGCGAUCGCGCACGUGUACUUCAAGUGGAAGUACCUCCCCACCAUCGACUGUGUGCCCCUGAGCGCCAUCCGCAUUGCUCGUGGGGAGAUCGAUUCCGCACUGUACCCUGCUGGAGACCUCGGGAAGAAAGAGAUCAGCCAGUUAGCGGACAGAGAGAAGAUGAAGUACAGACAGAACACAACGGGCGGUGUCAUCAGAGACGCGACAAACUGGGAACUAAGACACGCUAACUUGCUGCCCUUGAACGACAACUCGUCGAACACGCUGGGCACGGACAGCUUGGGCGACUUGGAAAAGCAGAAACAGGCGGAACAGCAGGGGAGGAAGGGCAGUACGAUCACGGGCAGGACCGUGGCGUCCACUUUUGUCUCUGAGGACGAGCAGUUUAAGAAAUUGACUUACGAUGACGUGAAGGAUCUGCAGAAACUUCGUAGCGAGGCCGCGGCAGGCCAGUUAGGCCCCUACGAGGUCGACGAUACCGCUGGGGUCCGCAAUAUCGCGGAUGUCGGGAAAGUUUACUCGGACGUCAACGCCAUGAAGGACGCACCGGAGGCGUUCCCACCAAACAUUGUCGCCGGUGUCCCCUGGCAUACGCGCAUCGCCAACUUCUUCAGGCCCACGAGGGCGUACCCAUUCGACAAGAUCAGAUCGAGACUGCCACACGUGUACAACACCACAGUCGCUUACGACGACGAGUACCCGGAGAUAGCGUACACGAACCCAAGUGUCAGGGACAAGGACCCUAUUAUUUGGAUUUGCAAGGACUCAGUCGGGCUUUCGAAGCAACAGAUCGCGGACGCAAAGGAUGCAGGUGUGCAGGUCUCUGAUGAGUUUACGAAAUACGACGCAAAGGGGAAGUCUACAUACACUUUCAACCCACCUGACUACGAACGCGAAGUCAAGAGAUAA